AGAGCUGAUCCCUCACAGCUGUCAUCAAGUGUCAGUCCCCGGUGACACUUUCCUUUUGACUUUCUCCCUUCCUCCCCAGGCGGAGGAGCAGGAGGCAGUGGUAGGGUGAUUUUGGCAUCUUUGGGGCACCCUGCGGGGGGGGCUUAUCUUGGGAGGGAUGGCAGAAGGAUCCAGGGCCAAGAAACCUUUCUCGUUGCUGGCCACGGCAGCUGGCUGGGCUCAAGCCCUUUGUCGGGGCUUGGUGCGUUUUUGGAGCAACCAGUUUGCAUGGCUGCUAGGGGUGCCUUGUCUCCGACGGGCUUACCACCUCUGGCUGGCGGCCGUAGUGAUAUUUGGCCCACUGCUUCAGUUCUACGUGAACCCACGGGCAAUCUUUGCCAAUCAUCACAACUUCUUUAACAUAAAAUUUGUCAGGUCAGCCUGGGGUUGGACUUGCAUUUUCUUGGGCGGCUUCAUCCUCCUGGUCGUGUAUCUGGCCACCCGACGGGUUUUGCUCACCCUGCGCCAUCUCACCCGCCUGGCAGUGGGGGCUGGGCUCUGGCUGGGCGCCACCGAGACCUUCCUGCUCAUCGAAAACCUCACGGGCUACUGCUUUGACCCUGUGCCUGAGGGCAUCCUGGUGAACAACCUUCCGGACAAGUGGAUGUGCCUUCACAAAGGUCACAAGUGGCAUGGCUAUGAUGUCUCCGGCCACACCUUCCUGCUCACCUUCUGCUGCCUCCUCAUGGUGGAGGAGACCUCUGUCUUCCGGCGAUAUCUAGCCCAGGGCCACCCAGCAGGUGUCCCUUUGCGUCUCAUCUUUCUCCUCAAUGUCUUUCUCCUCGGCCUGUGGAACUUCCUCUUGGCUUGCACUGUGGUGUAUCUCUACGAAUAUAGCCACAAAGUAGUGGGAGCCGCAAUUGCUACCCUCUGCUGGUACCUCACCUAUCGUGGCUGGUACCGCUGGCAAUGGUCUCCAGGUAGGCCUGGAGCAGGCCUGUUUGUCAAAGGAGCACUGGGAGAGGCCAAAAAACGAAACUGACCACAUCUUGAGAAGCUCAAAUUGACCAGUCAAGAGGCCACAGAAAGAGUUUUACAUCCCCUCCGAGGAAAAUAAAAAACCAGGACGCUUUCCGGUGCUCUGUUCUCCACUAAGUGUCUGUGUGGUUUCUUGGGAUGAGAAGAGACUUUGGAAACCAGGAGUGGGGAAAAUAGUGGGGAGUAGAUUUGAUAUUUGGGUAGGUUGCUAUUUGGCAUCUAGUUCUAUAUAAAAGCGGCCAAUCUGUGAUCUAGUUGUACGUUUCUAAAAUAAUUAAGUACAUUUCCAUUUUU